UGUAUUAAAACCAGAAAAAAAAAAUAAAAUUUGCUCUUAUUCCAAUACAACAAUAUGUCGUGAAUAAACAGAUAACAUUUUGGAAUUAAUUCAGAAGAAUACUUGGCCAGGUUCAUAAUUUAAAGAAAAUGUAUAUAUUUUUGGAUUUUUUAUUAUUAUUUAAAAGUUUAGAAGUAAGAAAAGUAUGAAAUUCUCCCGAAUUCUCCAUAAAUUUUUUUAUACAAAAUACUCGGUGAAAUGUUUUGAAAUAGAUUAUGGUUUUAAAGGUUGCCAAAAGUUGCCUAUUGGGACACAGGCGGACCAAAAAAGAUGUCAUUCCAUACUAAAAUUUUAAUUAUAUAAAGUUUAAUAGUUUAUAUAAAAUAAACAAAUGGAGGUAUUAUAUCAUGUAAGAAAGUUCUUUAUAAAUAAAAACCUUUGCAGUUAUUCAGAAUAAAGAUUAAAAAUUUUCUUUUCGCCAGAGUUGCCAAAUUUGCAAAUAAAAAAUAUUGAAAUAUCAAGCAAAAUCACUUAGUUUUUGGAUUUUUGCAUUCAAUUUUAAAAUUAAACAAAGAUACCACGCAGUUUACUGAUAUAUUUUCUUUAAAUGUUUAAAAAUUAAUUGAAAUAAUUCACCAAUAGUGCUCAACAAAAAUAUACAAUUCGUUAAAGGUAAAUAAUAAAAAAUAUUUUGUAGGUAUUAUAUUCGUAUUUCAAGGUAGAUUUUUUUUAGAAAUUAUGUUUUAAUUGUUGGAUGCAGCUUUUAUUAUUAGAAGAACAAGUUGUAAGUAUAACAUGUGAUAAGUUAUCAAGAUCCGAAAAGAAAAAAGCUUUCUAUAUCCCCUUGGAAUACGAAGAAAACAUUAUAAAAAAUUACAAUACCAUCAGUGUAUAACCAAAACAUUAAAAUAAAAAACAACUAUGACCUCCGAUCUAACAUUUUCCUACUUGGAACUCCAUAAUAUAUUAAAAACUAAGGAAGUGAAAAAUAUAACAUUAAAAAUAAAUGAUUAGAGGAAUGACCUGAUGAAAGACUAUAAAGUAGAUAUUGAAAAGUCUAAGGAGUUUUAUAAAUUUAAACAUACUUACAUAAACAAAUGGUAUGAAGCUAAAAGAACAGAGAGUGUUUUCUUAAAAAAAAAUCAAGUAUGGCUUAAAUGUUUAAUUACAUUUCAGAAAACUCAAAAAACAAAUAGGGGACGUCCUACUUUAGAUUUUGAUCAAUGCUCCGACCGUAGUAAGCGGGAAAAAACUAAAUUUUUACUGGAUAGCACUACCACAUCUGAACUUAUAUUUGCAACUCAAAUGAGUCUAAGAAAAAAAGGAAACAUAAAAGAAGCAGAAAUUGUACAAAACUUGAAUCAAAGCAGUUCCCCAGGUGAUGAUGAAAAUAAACAAAAUCAAAUAAUGCCACCUGAAGAAGCAUUAGGAGUUCUUAUUGAUGCAAAGCUCUCGCGAGAAAGUUAUCAGUUAAUAAGAUCAAAGGCCAAGCAAUACUUUCCGUCAUAUAAAUUGGUCCAAGAAUGCAAAAAAAAGUGUUAUCCUAAAAAUAUAACUGUAACCGAAUCGUAUGCAUCAGUAAAGCUACAGGCAUUACUGGAUAUUACAUCUGAAAGGUUGCUUAAAACAUUGACUUUUGAUAGUAAAUGUACCGAACUAACUCUUUACAGCAAGUGGGGGUUAGAUGGAACAACCGGACACAAUCAAUACAAACAAGCUUUUCAAAAUAAAGAAAAUUCGGACUCCCAUGUUUUAUUGGCAGCUUUAGUUCCUCUAAGAUUGUGUUUUGGCGAAGAAAUAAUUUGGGAAAACCCCUGUACUUCGUCUACUAGGUAUUGCCGACCAUUAAGUAUAGAAUACGUAAAAGAAACCGCAGAAGUUGUUAUAAAGAAAAAAAAAUGAAAUUGAAAAUGAAAUUCAAAAUUUAGAAAUAUCUGUAGUUAUUUUAGACAAACAUACUUUUUAUAUAAACCAUUCGCUAUUGUUAACAAUGAUAGAUGGUAAAGUUUGCAACAACAUCACAGGUAACAAAUCAACUAUGUCAUGCUAUAUAUGCAAAGCAAAAUCUAGUACAUUUAAUAAUUUGGAGAAUGUUACAAAACUUCCUGUACAAAAUUUAAAAAAUGGCAUUUAUAUUCUUCAUUCAGGGAUUAAAUCCUUUGAAUGCCUACUACACAUUUCCUAUAAAAUUCCCAUAAGGAAGUGGCAAACGCGGGAAAAUAAUGAGAAGGAAAUUGUAAAAAACAAUAAGAAAAUAAUACAAGAAAAAUUUAAGACCCAGUUAGGUUUAAUAAUAGAUCGGCCAAAGCCUGGAAUGGGUAAUUAUAAUGACGGCAAUACCGCUCGUCGGUUCUUUAAACAUUAUACUUUAACAUCUGAAAUAACAGGUAUAGAUAAAAAUUUAAUAAAAAAUAUUUAUACGAUCUUAGUUGUAUUAUCAUCUAAGUAUACUAUUGAAAAAAAUAAUUUUCGGAAGUUUUGCAUAGAGACUGCCAAGUUAUAUGUAUCUAAAUAUCCUUGGUACAACAUGUCGCCAACUCUCCACAAAAUUCUCAUACACGGCCCAGAUAUAGUUUGUGACUCCAAGUUACCUGUUGGCAUUUUAUCAGAAGAGGCUCAAGAAGCUUGUAAUAAAACUUUCAAAAAAGUCAGAGAAAAUAAUGCGAGAAGAUGUGGCCGAAAAGAAAACUUAGAAGAUAUUUUCAACUUUUUAAUUGUUAACUCGGAUCCAAUAAUAACAAAAACACGAAAAAUACCAAAGAAAAAUAAACAAGAACUACCCCAAGAAGUAAAAGAGUUUUUAGCAAUACCGAAUGAAAUAACAUCUGAUUUUGAAUGUGAUUCAUGUGAUUCAGCAAAUGAGGAUAAUAGCUCUGAUGAAAAUUCCUCCUAAAUAAUAAACUACAAUUUACAUCCAAAAGUUUUUAAUUAAUUUUUAUAUUUACAUUAUAUUAACAAUACUAAUUUUACUUUUUUCGCCUAAAAAUAUAAAUAUUUACUAUUAUAUAAAAAAUAUAUAAUUAUUUACUUCUGUAAAAAAUGUUUUUGUAAUUUUAGGAUUUUUUGGCAGGUAAUACUAUUUUUUUCUUACAUAUUGAAAAUCUAUACAAAAUUACCUUUUCAGUGAUACCAAUAAUUCAUACUAAACCUCAGCCGUUUAUUUAUCGCCAUGAUCCAUAUAGGUCUGCCCCAAUGUGAAACGUAAAGUUGCAUUAUAUUGAAAGUUUCUAAAAUAAAUAACGGGACACAAGAGAAUGUUGAUGCUGAUGGAGACAAAAAAUCAGUUGUGUUUUAAGUUGGUACAACAACAACAUAAUACAAUAUAUCAACUUCUGAUUUUUGUGAGUUUCUAUGCCACUUUAUUUCUUACAAACAGGAGUGAAAAAAAUAAUUUGUACAACAACAACACACAGCAUCAAAUUAGUUGAUGCUGUGUUUGAGGGUUGGUACAACAACACGUAAGAAGUGCAAAAAAUAAAAUAUAGUUGGAACAUAACGCGACAUGUAUAAAAAAAUUACAACAACAACAUAAAUUGCAUCACCACCUGUUUUUGAGAGUUUAUUUUUAGUUUAUUUUAAACAGUCAAAAAGUGAAGAGGUGCUGAGUAAAAAAUAUAUUUGGUGUUUAUAAAAAGUUAAAUAGUGAUCAAAAUCUAAUUUGAAGAUAUUCAGAAGUUCUUUGUUACUAUAAAAACGGAGCAUUUGCUGAAAACCAAACUUAUGGAGGAGGAUUUGUUUCAAUCGAUUGAGGAAGUGGUUGUCGAUUCAAGUGGAUCAAUGACUCAUAAGAAAGAUGAAGAAACUCAAAAAAACACGUUACAAAAUCUACUAACUUCUUGGGGCCUAAAUCACCUCAUAAACUUUUUUCAAG